AUGGAAGACUCUGAAGAUCCAACUAAAGCUGAACGUUAUGCUGAUGAGACCGAUGUAGUCAUCGUCGGCGGAGGCCCAGCUGGUCUCAGUGCUGCCAUCAAGCUGAAGCAGCUUGCAAGUGCUGGAGGUCAAGAAAUCCGUGUGGUCCUAUUGGAGAAGGCUGGCGAGAUUGGAGCCCAUACUGUCUCUGGAGCUGUUCUUGAACCUCGUGCUCUGGAUGAAUUGAUCCCUGACUGGAAAGAGAAGGGAGCUCCUUUGAACCAACCAGCCCUCAGUGACCAUAUGAAGCUCUUCACUAAGAACUAUGCUAUCCCUUUGCCCCAUCCACCUCAGAUGAAUAAUAAAGGCAACUACAUUGUAUCUCUGAGCAACUAUGUGAAGUGGUUAGGUGAGCAAGCCGAGGAGGCUGGCGUUGAAGUUUUUCCUGGAUUUGCUGCUAGCGAGAUCUUGUACAACGAGGAUGGAAGCGUGAAAGGAGUUGCAACCAACGACGUCGGAUUGGACAAGAAUUUUCAACCAAAGGAUAACUUUGAGCGCGGUAUGGAGUUCCAUGCCAAAGUAACGCUUUUUGCCGAAGGAUGCCACGGUUCUUUGACAAAGAAACUCUUCCGUCAGUUCAACCUGCGUGAUGAAUGUGACCCUCAGACAUAUGGUAUCGGCAUAAAAGAGGUCUGGAAGAUCGAUCCCAGCAAAUCCAAGCCCGGCACAGUUGUCCACGGAUUGGGUUGGCCCAUUGACAAUUCUACUUAUGGUGGUUCCUUUAUUUAUCACAUGGGCGAUGACAUGCUCAGCUUGGGUCUUGUUGUUGGCCUGGACUAUGAAAAUCCCUAUCUUCACCCUUACAAGGAGUUCCAGCGCUGGAAGCAUCACCCAUAUGUUAAAGAUCUCCUUGAGGGAGGAGAAUGUCUCUCCUAUGCUGCUCGUGCCCUUAACGAAGGUGGACUUCAGUCAAUUCCCAAGCUUUACUUCCCUGGAGGAGCUUUGAUCGGAUGCACAGCUGGAUUCCUGAAUUUGAUUAAGAUCAAGGGCACACACACUGCUAUGAAAUCCGGAAUGUUGGCUGCUGAGUCUGCUUACGCUGCUAUUACCUCCAAAGACUACUCUCCAGACAAGCCCAUCGUCUUGGAGGACUUUGAGAAGAAGGUCAAGGAGAGCUGGAUCUGGAAGGAAUUGAAUGAAAUUCGCAACUGUAGACCUAGUUUCCAUAGCCCCCUCGGAAAUAUCGGAGGUGUGCUCUACUCUGGUAUAGACACAAUCCUCCUCAAAGGUAGAACACCAUGGACAUUCCACAAUACGACGCCAGACCAUGAGCGUCUGAGAACAGCCAAGGGUUCUAAGAAGAUCGAAUACCCCAAGCCUGAUGGCGUCAUCUCAUUUGAUCUGCUCACCUCAGUCUCCAGAACUGGCACAAACCAUGCCGAGAACCAGCCCGUGCAUUUACGUCUCAAGGACAAGGACAUUCCCGUCCAGCGUAACUUGAAGAUUUUUGAUGGACCCGAGGGUCGCUUCUGCCCUGCUGGUGUAUAUGAGUUUGUGGAGAACGAGAAUGGUCCUGAAGGCUCGAAGAGAUUGCAAAUCAACUCUCAGAACUGCAUUCACUGCAAGACAUGUGAUAUCAAGGAUCCUAGCCAAAACAUCGAUUGGACAGUUCCAGAGGGCGGCGGCGGACCCCAGUAUGCGUACACGUAA